AAAAAAGCAACAAAAACAACAUCAAGUGAAAAUUGAAAUAAAUCCUUGUGAAAAGAUGCAAAAUUGAAAUAAAUGAAAUGCAAAAAAAAAAAAAAUAAAAACAAAUUGAAAUGAAAGUUAUAGAAGAGAUUGUGUAAAACAAACCAACAUUUCACUACGGAUACAAGAAAUAAAAAAAAAAUGUAAGAAAAAUGAUUUCAAUUUGUAAUCUUUAAAUCAUAAAAAAAGAAACCAUCGCAAGCACACAAAAACAUACACCUUAAAAAACAACAACAGAAAACGGACAGAUUCCCAAACAUUAAUCCUUGGAAUUGAAAAAAGACGAACAGCAAAAAAAUCAGAAAAAAGUUAAGAAGAAAACAACAACCAGCUUGUUUCACAUCAGCUUAUUUGAAUGUGAAAUUCAAUCAUUUUUAUGGAUUAACUUGUAUUAAAACUGACAGUAGCCGGAAAAUAUUCACCAACCAACUCCAUUCAUCUUUCCAUCCAUAACACCCAUGUAUGUAUGUUGCUGAUGAUGUAUGUUGUACAAGUACUUAAAAUACAACAUACAACAAGUACAAUUAUUAGCAUUGCUGUAAUGUAGACGACAUAAAGUGAAUGUGUAUGGGGAAUGAACAUUCGAAAAAAAUUAAACGGUGGCUAAAUUAAAUGUCAACAAGAUAUCAUCUGGUCAUUAUUAAUACUAUUUUUAAGUUUUUUUUUGGAAUUGUUGUUGUCGACAAGUGGUGCUAACUAAAAUCACACUAUUCAUUUUUUUCACUUUCGUCUUGGUUGUUGGAUUUUCGCUAAAGAAAAGUGAAAUUAGAAAAAUAUUUUAAAAAGAAACAUAAAUUUCUGGAAAUUUUCAACAUUUAACCAAGAAACGGCCACAAAAUGGUGAAUGCUGUUAUGGAUGCUAUAGCGCUUUUAAGCUCUUUGGCAACUGAUUUGGAUAUUAUGCUAAAUGACCUAAGGUCAUCGCCGAGUUCACGUCUGAGUUCAAACUCACACCAUUUGCAUACACGUUCCACAGCCACAUACACACCGUUUUCGUUAAAUAUUGGCAACAAUAGCAGCAGCAAUAACAGUCACAAUACAACAAAUCAAAGUAACAACUAUUUACAAAAUGCUGCAAUACAUAAUAGUGGCAACAGUAAUUAUCCAGGGAACAAUGAACAAAAAACCAAUAGAGAUGAAUUUGUUGGAAAUAAUGGUGAAUGUAGCAGCAGCAAUGACUACGAUGACUAUCGAACAAAUCAAAGGCAAGGAGAACAACAGCAGGAGUCACAACAACAGCUGCGAGAUAAUCAAACAUCGGCAUCAUUAUUAGUGACAGUGAAACAAGAAAAACUUAAUCAAACUUUAAGUGCAAAUUGUAAUCAACAGCAACAACAUUUCAAUCAAAAUCUAACAGACAAUGGCAACUAUAACAAGUGCCAACAACAACAACAACUGCAGCAACAUAGAUUUAGUGAUAGCAACAAUAACAACAAUAAUAAUAAUUGUACUGUUGGUGUUGGUAGUGGCACCAGUGUGGGGAAAAGUAUUACAACAACCGGAAGCCAUGACAAUAGCACGGAUAUAAAAACAACAACAUCAUUGUCUUCAUCUUCAACACCAUUCCAGGGAUUUUCAACAGAUGUUACUCGCAUAUCUAAACUACCAUUAUAUACGUAUCAGCACAAACAAUUGCAACAACCACAAACGCUGCACAUCAAGUUGCUGCAACAACAGCAGGCCACAAAAGCAAUAGCCUCACAAAUCACCACCACAACGUCGGUGGCGGCCUCAACGAUGGCGGUGGCUACAACGGAUAUACACAAACAAAAUGUGGUCAAUAAACGCACUCUCGCCAAGAUGAAUGAUAAUGCCGGAGGAGGAGCAGGAGGAGGUAGGAAUAGCACUAAUAACAGUUACAGCAACUGUGGCAAAAACAACAUCAGUGCCAGCAACGUUAGUUGCAGGAAAAAAUAUAAUUGUGAAAAUGCCACCACAUCUAAAGCCGCAUCCACUAGAACCACCACAACAAAUCCAUUAACAACAACAUCAACAUCAUCUCUAGAUUUUAGAAUAAAAUCAAUACAAUCAACAUCGUCAUCAACAUCAUCAUCAUCGUCAGCAACUGGUAAAUCUACUCAUAUUUAUAAAAUCAAUUCAUCAUCUUCAACCUCCAGCAGCAGAAAUGCCACUGGUAGCACUAACUCUACCAGUUGGUUGCAAUCAACUUCAGCCUUAACGUCAUCAGCAUCUACAUCAUCUUCAGCAACAUCGUCAGCAUCAGCUACAGCUUCAUCAUCAAGUUUUCUCAGAUCCUCCGAUUCUUCAACAAUAACGGCAACAUCAGCCACAACAAUAGCCACACAUCAUCAUAGUGCAACUGGUGCAUUGCUACAACAUCAACAAAAUCAAUUUCAAACAAAUACAACAACGACAUCAUCAUCAACAACAACAAAUAAUAGCAAUAACAACAAUAACAACAAUAACAACAGCAGCAGCUUAAAUAACCAUCAACGUCUACCAUUUUGUGGUUUAGAUUCCAUUAAAGGAAGUGACAAUAAUGGUGGUGAUGGAAUUGCUGGUGGCAGCGGCUGUUUAAUGAUGGGUGGUAAAACAAAUUUAAGUUUCGACUUAAAUGGCAGCCACAUGGGUAUGCAUACAAUAAUUCAUGGUGGCGGCAGCAGUGGGGGUAUAGGUGGCGGUAUCAGUUUGCCCAUCGAUAAUGCUUCAGAUCAAUUUCAUUCGUUGGAUGCCAACGAUAGUUCAUGCUGUGGCGAUGGACAAUUUGAAGAUGAUAUGCAGGCGUUAUUGCCAAAAUGUUCACGUCUAUCGAGAGAUGAAUUAAGUCAGUCCCGUACAUCUCUGGUGUCUAGUUCAGAUGGUGGCAUAUUGGCUGAGGGUGAAACCUCUAGUGAAACUUCACGUGGUUCAGAUGAUUCACCACCAUGCGAUUUAAGUCUGGUCGAACGUUUGUUGUUGACACAUCCAGUGUGGUUUUUACCCGGUAUACAACGUUCAGGAGCUGUUCAUUUUUUGCAAGGCAAAGAAGAAGGGAACUUUAUAGUACGAGGUUCCAGUCAACCCAAUACAAUGGCCGUAUCGGUGCGUUUACCUCCAGAUUCUGGACCCUAUAUAGAACACUAUCUCAUACAAUCGAAUGAGGGUAUUUUAUGUUUGGAAAGUUCACGCUUUAAAUUCGAUUCCAUACCAUCGUUAAUAGCCCACUAUGCCCAAUGUUGUGAUGAAUUGCCCGUACAAUUGGUUUUACCAAGAGCCUUGCGUGAAGCUAAAAAUCGUCAACAACUAUCAUCGUUGGCUCUAUUGGGUCAGGAGUUUUGGCGAUAUCCCAUGUCAAGCCCUAAACAAAACGAACAAGAGGCUAACUUCUUAGAUGCCAAAUCACCAAAUUCCAUGACCGAAACCAGUGGUUUGGGUACUACGAUUUUCAGUAAUUCCGGCAAUUCGAAUUCGGGAGGCCAUAUACAAUCACACAGCAAUAAACUUUUUAGUCCCAUUACCAAUGUCAAUGGUCUAUUUAGUCCUGGUACUCCAUCGGACACAAACAGUAGCAUGAGUUCUUUUACCACCAGUGGUGGUCAACAUAUGCAAUUAAUGUCUCCAGAAUCGGUAGAUUCGGUAAUUUUAACCAUGUCUCCUGUGGAAAUGAACAAUCAACGUAAUGGUGUUUUAGGUUUAGGUGGCAAUGCCACAGAUAUUAUUAAUACUUCUACAAAUAAUUUAAGUACUUUUAAGUCUAAUCUAACGACUCAACAAAAUAAUUUUAAAAAUUCUACAAAAAAUAUCAUAGAACAAGAGAUUAGAACACAAAGGCCUAAACCGCCCAAUACUUUAAAUCUCGAUUUGAGGAAACCGCCAGCACCACCGCUACGCUGGUCAAAGCCUUUAUCACCCAAUAGUCCUGUGCCGCCAGAUGUUAGCUCUGCGAACAAUUUUACUGUUACAACUACGGUAACCUUUUCGGUGGAUAAUCCUUCUACACCACAAUUUGUAGAAGUUACCACACCAGCAGCUAAUAAUGCUUUAACCUCAGUUAUGAACUCUAAUACCACGUUCCAAACCUUUUCGAAACGCCUUUCACCUGAAGGCGAAUGUAAAGACACUUUAUCUUCACAGGGCUCGUCGACUGGAAGUCGUCAUUGGCAAUCACAUAGCAGCAAAGAUUCUAAUAAUAGUCAACGUAAAAUUUUAUCACCCUGUACACCAACUGGUAAUGUUAGUGGUAAAUCACGUAAAUCAAAGUUAAGAAAAGAAUCAAAACAUUAUCAGGAAUCUGAUAUAUUGGAGAGUCCUGAAAUAUAUUGUCGCAGUACUUUACACGAUAAGAUUAGUGAUUAUGAGGAUUUAUGGUCACACGAUCCUAGUGAUCGAACUGGUUUGCUGACUAGCUUCAAGCCUCCGGAUGGUCAGCAGGGAAAACGACCGGAUCUUUUGGCUGAAACACCCACAAUUACCUCUUCCUCAAACAACAACAUGAAUGUAGUAACAACACCUGCCGUUUUAACUUGCCCCUUGUUGACAACAACUGCCUCUGAUUCUCUCAAUACAAAUGAAACGACAUCUGAUACUCAACAAUUGCUCAAAUUUUCAGAAGAGUCUAAACCUCGCUCUAGAGCCGGUCUUAUCUUGCCAGGCCUAAUGAGUCAAUCUCUAUCUGAAGAUCCUGUCUUUAAGGGUGAAACAACAGAGGGAGAUACCACUCCUACAGCCCAAACACCUGUGUCACGUAGCAAACAAGGCAGCCCUUUUUAUGCGGAACCAGCAGAUGCUUUAAAACAAGCUGGCAUUACCACAGCCAGUAUUUUAAGGCGUUCACAACGUGGUCCUCUACUACCCGCUAAUCAUAGACAUUCAGAGCCUCCUAAAGGAGGAUUUGUGCGCACACCCAUGUGUCCUCUUCUGCAACCAGCAGAAAUCGAAAAAAUUGCCGGUAGUCUAGAUGAAUUAAAGAAGAAACAACAGCAAUCUCAAGUGGCUCAGCCACAGCAGCAACCCACAAAACGUGCUCGUGGACGUUUUGAACAAUGGCAGCUGGAUAGUAGUUGGGAGUUUAUGGGUAAAGCUGAGGAAAAUGAAGCCGAUUAUUAUGGUGAUUAUGAUUCGGCGGAUCAAUGGAAGGAGGGCGGUAAUACAAAAGACAAUCAUAAUAAGGAAAAUUCUUUAAAUCGUGAAGCUAACAAAGAAAAUAAACAGAAACCCUUAACAAUACAUCAGAUAAUAGCAAAACGUUUACCCGAUCUGAAUUUACCCGAACUGGUGAGAUGUUCAACACCACCACAACAACCACAACAACAGCAGCAGCAACAAGCAUUACAACAAAAUUCCCACAAGCAAUCAUCACAUGAAUAUAAUGGCAGUCAAAAAUCUUUUGAUGGACCCAAUAAUACUUGUAGACUUUCUUCAUACGAUAAUGUUGAACGUAACUAUGCUCUAAGUCAGUGUUUCUUUAAUGGUCUGGACUCGGCUCAAUCUGAUGAUGGUACAGUUUUCUCAGAACCUUGGGAUUCAUCUCAGUGGGAUUCAUUUAUACCUCAGGACGAUACAACCAUUAAUUCCGAUACUAUACACUUGUCGAAAUGUCGUCCUGCUUUAUCGGAAGACGAUACGAUUAUCGAAGAAUUAAGUACCAAAGAUUUAAAUAAUCAAGAUACAUUGAAACCGAAAAAGUCGAGUGGUAAACAUGCUACAAUUUUACGUAAUCCCAGUAUACGAGAUAGAGAGAUUUUAUGUCAUCCACGUAAUAAAAUUAAUCUCUGCAAUGGCGGUCCCGGAGACACUGUACGCUCAUACACUCUCCAAUUGGCCGCCGAUCAAUGUACUACCUUUGCCCGCAACAUUGAAAACUUUAUAUCAUGCACAAAAGAUUCUCGCGAAGCUGCACCCCAGGUGGUCAUGCGCAAUAUGCGACAAUUUAUGAAUGGCAUGAAGAAUUAUUUAGUUAAACAUGGUGAAGGCAAAUUCCAUCAAGAAGUCGAAACUGCUAGAUCAAGACUAAAAUCCGAUGAAUUUUUAAAUUUAGAUGCCAUUCUAGAGACUGUGAUGCAUCAAUUGGUUGUGCUGCCAUUACGAGAACAUUUGUAUGGCAUGUUUGUUGACUACUAUACCCGUUCGGAAGAUAUACAACUGUUGGCUCAAAAUGUCAAAUAUGCCUGUGGUCGUUCGGCGGCUGAUUUUGGUAUAAGACCAACAGUAACACCGCCUUCUGCGACCUCAUUGCAAAUCAUAUCAAAUUUAUUAUUACGCCUGCAAGAAGCUGAAUUACCAUUGGAAAAAUUGGAAUUAUUUUUAUGUGUUAUAUCAACAAUAUUUGAUGCUACUGGCUGUCCCAGGGGACAACAAUUGGGAGCAGAUGAUUUCUUGCCCAUUUUAGUGUAUGUAGUAGCUAAAUGUGGUUUUGUGGGAGCAGAAAUAGAAGCUGAAUUCAUGUGGGGUUUAUUGCAGCCCACACUUUUAAAUGGCGAACCGGGCUAUUACUUGACAGCCCUCUGUAGUGCGGUGCAUGUUUUGAAAAGUUUUAUGGCUUCAGAAAAUGAAAGUGGUUCGGGUUCAUUGGAUUGGCGUUCUUCUUCUUUGCCAGCUUGCUCUUCUGUCUUAAGAGUUAUUAUACCCGAUGAAUGUAAUGGUUCUUUACAAACCCGCACCCUGCCUGUAAGACCUCAUACCUCUACCCGUGAAGUAUGCCGCAUUAUAGCCCACAAAGCCCGCAUUACUAAUCCCCAAGAUUAUGCUCUAUUUAAGUUGGUUGAUGGUGAAGAAACAUUGCUUAAUGAGAGUGAAUGUCCCCAGGAUAUAAGAUUGGCUGCCAAAGGCAAACAUUGCAUGUUAGCCUAUAAACGUAUUGAUGCCAAAAUUGCUUGGCCCACUGCCACACAACCAAAUUUUAAUUAGAUUUUUUUUUGUUUUACACAAUAAAACACAUGACUUAAU